AUGGAAUUUCUGCCAAAUAAAACACACAGAGGACUGCCCAGUAGGACAGUGAGCCACUCUGACCACUCGAACAACUUAAACCCGAAGAACGUGACGACAAGGAAGCAAACCUAUGUGGAAAUAGACAGCCUGGCCCUGAUAAAGGCGAUAAAACACUGCAAAGAUAACUACCCGGUGCCGGUUAACGGGCAGCUUUUGGGCCUGGACUUCGGAGAUAAGCUGGAAGUGACGAACUGCUUCCCGUACCCGCAAAAGAGAGACAUCUACAACUCGAUCAUCAAGGACAAGAGCGCAAAUAUGCUGUCGGAAAACGAAAUAGAGGAGAGAGCAGACGACGAGUUUGUGAAGUACCAGGACAAGAUGAUAGACCUGGUCAACGACAUCAAAGUGGACUGCUUCGCAAUAGGAUGGUACCAGACAAUCAACUUCGGAGACCUGCAGUCGAAGGAAGCAAUCGACAACCUGGUGACAUACCAGGAGUCAGUGGACAAGGCGAUCAUGCUAGCCUUCGAUCCAGUGACGACCUCAGGAGAAGUCUCGUUCAAGGCGUACAGAGCCUCAGACCAGCUGCUGGCAGUGUACCACACGGAGGACCCUGACGUGAGAAAGUUCAACGCGCUGAAGGGAACUGAGAUCCUGGAGGAGGUGCCGAUCGUGAUCAAGAACUCGAUACUCUCAGAAGUGUUCCUGACGCAGUACUUCGCAGACAGCCUGGUACAGAACACGUACGUGUUCGACGUUCUGGACGCAUCGCACAACAACUACCUGGAAAAAAACCUCGAGUUCCUGUCGCAGUCACUGGAGGCGCUGUGCGACAACCAGGAGAAGUUCAUCAGGUACCAGAGGGACUACACGAAGCUGGUGCAGCAGCAGAAGCAGCUGCUGGAGAGGAGGAGGCUGGAGAACGAGCAGUGCAAGCUCAAGGGCGAGCCGCUGCUGCCGAUGCCGGAGUUCGACAACAGCCUGCUGAAGAAAAUCGAGGCGCCCUCGCAGCUCUCCACGAUAAUAAUGAGCAACGAGUGCACGACGCACACGAAGGACGUGAAUUCUCUGUGCUUCGACAACAUCGCCAAAAUGUUCCUCCUGUACAAUAGACUCCAGGAUAAGUGA